AGGAGAGGCUAGAAUUAGCCAGAAUUAAAAUCAGUAAUGAAACUCUGUCCAAAGACACUGCUUCUCAGCUUACCUAUAGUUUGGGUUCUGCUGUUCUUUGUUUUCUUUUGUCUUUAAUUAAUGAAGCAAGUUGCAAGGGCAGGAGGGGAAGAAGGAGGUGACUAGAGGAGGGAGAGGCAGGAGGGGGUUCCAGACUCCUGAGUACCUGUCAUCUCUGUGACGUGCACUGCUGGCUCUAGUUGUAUUUUAAAUGAAAUCUCAUCCCAAUGUAGACUCUACGUCUGGAAUUACGAUCCACCCUGUGAUCUGUCACUUUUACAUAUAUGCACAGGGGAGUGGAGCGGUUUCCAUAGAGAGGAACUAUCACAGCCCACUACGAACAAUACCAGAGAAGAUAAAUCUGCAACCCCGAACAGUCAGAAGUUCAGAGGACCAGCCAGGAACAGCCAGGAACAGCCAGGAACAGCCCUCCUGACCCAGAAGCUGUGCCCCUCACCCUGAGCGUUUCCACUCCAGAGCAAAGUCCACUUACAGGGAGCAAUGUUGAUGCCCACCUACUUCCUGCUGCUUCUGCUGCUGCUCCUAGGGAGCCCGAGGACAAGCCUCUCCCACAAGUUAUACAACCCUGGACCAGUCUUCAGCUGCCUCAACACAGCCCUGAGUGAGGUCAAGAAGAACGAGCUGGAGGAUGUGCCUUUGCUGAGCAAGAAGAACUUUGGCCACCUGCCCACACAGGACCGUUCGGGAGAAGAAGAGGAUGAACAAAAGCAUGUGGAGAACAAAAGAACUUUCUCGAGCACUGUGGGUGGGAAUGGAGCUGGAAGCAUCAGGUACAGGUACCAAUCCCAAGCACAGCACAAGGGGAAGCUGUACCCAGACAAGGCCAAAAGCGACCGGGGUACCAAGUUCACUCUGUCCCUUGACGUUCCCACUAACAUCAUGAACAUCCUCUUCAACAUCGACAAGGCCAAGAAUUUGCGAGCCAAAGCAGCUGCCAAUGCUCAGCUCAUGGCACAGAUUGGGAAAAAGAAGUAAAGCAAAAGCCAGGCAGGAGGGCAGCACAUUGAGACAAGAGCCCCAGAGUAAAGAGUGAGGGAAACUAAAGACAUGCCCUAAAUUUCAAAGGACGGUCCCGUUUUCACAGGCUGCUCCCCAGCUGUGCCCCCUGAUCCACUCUUGCUUCCAGUCCUGUUUCUCUUCUCUGUACAUAGACACUCAAGCGCAGUAUUGCUCAGCCUGUGCCCACAAUGGAGAUUAAUGUCUCUCCCCGUAUCCUGAGUCUGCUCUCUGGUUCCCCAUGGCAACAGACAAGUUCACUAGUGCCCCUCCUUUCCAAGCUCCUCCCUGGGGUCCCCAUGUCUGAAGAAAGAGCAUUCAGGCUCCCUCCUUGUUCCACAUUGAUCUGAGCCUGGGCAGAGACACGGAGAUGCACAGCUCACCCUCUUGAUACCAAAUACCUCCCCUACUUCCUCAUCCGGAUUAAAGUCAGUGGCUUCUUGAA